AUGUUGCCCUAUGUAGAUCAGAUAUUUGAGGUGCCAGCCCGACUCACUGGCGCAUCGACUGAUGAGCUCAAGUUGAUCGGCUCGUUCCUCAUCUCCUACCCACUGGCCGCCCUCCUCAAACGUAUUCCCGACGGUCAACCCUGGAAAAAGAAUGCCUUCAUUAUCGCCGUGUCCUUGUUCUAUAUUGUUGGACUCUUUGACCUCUGGGAUGGUCUACGCACCCUACUAUACAGUGCCGCGGGUACUUAUGCAAUCGCCUACUAUGUGGAUGGAUCACUGAUGCCAUGGAUUGGGUUCCUUUUCCUCAUGGGCCACAUGUCGAUUAACCACAUCGACCGUCAGAGAGCGAACGAGAGCGGGGCUGUUGACAUUACUGGAGCGCAGAUGGUCCUUGUCAUGAAACUUACCUCAUUCUGCUGGAAUGUUCAUGAUGGCCGUCUCCCCAAGGACCAACUCUCGGACCCGCAGAAAUACUCUGCUAUCACGAAGUUCCCGAGUAUUGUUGACUACUUGGGCUAUGUCAUGUUCUUCCCUUCUCUCUUUGCCGGUCCUUCAUUUGAAUAUGUGGACUACCGCCGUUGGAUCGACACUACGCUCUUCGAGGUGCCACCGGGCACAGACCCAUCCAAGGUGCCACCCACCCGAAAGAAGCGCAAGAUUCCUCGUAGCGGAAGACCUGCUGCAAAGAAGGCCGUCGUUGGACUGAUCUGGAUCUUUGCCUUUAUCCAACUGAGCUCAUACUUUACCGUCGACUUUGUGCUUUCAGACGCGUUCUUGCAGUAUUCGUUCCUGCGUCGGAUCUUCAACGUGCACAUGCUUGGUUUCACCGCUCGCACCAAGUAUUACGGUGUCUGGGCUCUGACCGAGGGUGCCUGUAUUCUAUCUGGCAUGGGAUACAACAGCUUCGACCCGAAAACAGGCAAGGUUUUCUGGAACCGACUAGAGAACGUCGACCCAUGGGCUAUGGAGACGGCGCAGAACUCGCACGCUUACCUGGGUAACUGGAACAAGAACACCAACCACUGGCUGCGCAACUACGUCUACCUCCGCGUCACGCCUAAGGGCAAGAAACCUGGUUUCCGCGCCAGCAUGGCUACCUUCGCUACCAGUGCGCUCUGGCACGGUUUCUACCCGGGAUACUACAUGACCUUUGUACUGGGCUCAUUCAUUCAGACUGUGGCAAAGAACUUCCGCCGCUACGUGCGCCCCUUCUUCCUUACACCAGAUGGCACCAAGCCAACCCCAAACAAGCGCUACUACGACAUCCUCAGCUGGCUAGCAACACAGCUAACCCUCUCCUUCGCCGUCAUCCCCUUCAUCAUCCUUAACUUCGACAAGUCCUUUACCGUCUGGUCCCGCGUCUACUUCUACGGCAUCAUCAACUGCGCCGUCUCGUUAGUCGCAUUCGCCUCCUUCUCCCCACUCAGAACCUACCUCGUCUCCCAGUUGAAGCGCCGCAACCGUCCCCACGUCGCUCGCACCGCCAGCACCGAGACCGUUCGUCCGCCUGACCUCGGCUUGCCGAAUGAUCCGGAGCGUGACUUUGACGAGGCUGUUGCUGAGAUCAAGGCUGAGAUUGAGUCCCGGGGUAGACGGGGAAGUACAGUUAAGAUGCCUACGGGUGAGGAGUUGAAGGCUGCUGUUGAGCAGAAGAUUGGACGGAAGUUGUAA